AUGUUGAGCUCAUUCGUCCAGAAGUUUAUCGAGCAGUCUCCUUUGUCGUCCAACAAUGACAACCGACCUUCCAAGGCUUCCCUUUUUCGAGACCAGUUCAGACUUCCUGCUGGUCAGAAUCCUUUGCACGAAAUCACCGCCGAACUCUUCCUCCCGCUCCCCUCAUCUGCAGCUGGACGCCCUAUUACGUCUGGAGAGAAGUCGAGAGACAAUGGCAACAAAUAUGUGGGAGAACUCCACUUGAGUGAACACUUCCUCUGUUUCUCGACCAUUCGUACGAGUUUCCUCCCGACCGCAAGUCACAGUUCCUCCACCUCGUUCACCGGCCCUACUCAAGGUGCUGGACCGGGCGGGCAUGGUUUUACUCUUCCCCUCUGCUCCAUCCGAAGGGUCGAGAGACUGAAUAGCCAUCAAGACAAGUUCUCCCUCGCCCUGACCACUUUCGAGUCCAUCCCGAAACACUCGAUCGAAAAGGCAAGGGCGUCACUGCCUCCUCCGCGGAAACUCAUCAUCACGCUCGAUGGAAGUCGUACCGCCUGUGAAAGGUUCUGUGAUGGCCUGAAAAAGGGUCUCAGAGAGGGCAUGAAAGAAGUUGAAAGCCUGCGGACUGUCGUGGCCCAGUGCUACUCAGAAUAUCUGCUAGAUCCGGUUCGGCUGAAGGCCAAAGAGGAGGGCACUACACCGCCCGAUCCGCCCGACACUGGACUCGGAAUGCUAUUCAGAUACCCUGGAGAUGCCAGAAAACUAAGAGAUCGAAGCAAAAUCAGAUUGUGGGCUGAGUACAUGCGGGAGAAUGGCCGAAACGCGACGAUCGUUCGACAACCAACCUUUCACAAGCUUAUCCGUGUUGGGUUGCCCAACCGACUGAGAGGCGAGAUCUGGGAAAUAUGCUCCGGUUCAUUCUACACCAGGUUGAGAAACCCACACCUCUAUGACAAAACCUUGGCCAAAUUCACCGGGAGAGAAUCCCUGGCUGUUGAUGAAAUCGAAAAAGACUUGAACCGCAGCCUUCCCGAAUAUCCAGGCUUCCAGAGUGAUGAAGGCAUAGGCCGACUACGUCGAGUGCUGACAGCGUACAGCUGGACCAAUGAAGAAGUUGGUUAUUGUCAAGCCAUGAACAUAGUGGUGGCCGCCCUUCUCAUCUACAUGUCAGAAUCUCAAGCCUUCUUCACUCUCGGCGCCUUGUGCGACAGACUCCUUCCAGGAUACUAUUCGAAAGACAUGUACGGCACUCUCCUAGAUCAGCGAGUCUUCGAAAAUCUUGUAGAACGAACGAUGCCCAUCCUCUGGGAACAUUUGGUCAAGUCGGAUGUCAAUCUAUCCGUUGUAUCACUACCCUGGUUUCUCUCCCUAUACAUAAACUCCAUGCCACUUGUUUUUGCCUUCAGAGUUCUGGACGUCUUCUUCUUGGAAGGUCCGAAAGUCCUUUUCCAAAUCGGAUUGGCAAUUCUUCGCAUCAACGGUGAAGAAUUACUUGAUGUCAGUGAUGACGGGUCUUUCAUAUCCAUACUCAAGAAUUACUUCUCCCGGCUUGAUGAGUCGGCUCAUCCGCACUCGGAAAACGAAAAGCUGAGGGCUAUAACAAAGUUUCAAGAACUAAUGGUGACAGCCUUCAAAGAGUUUGCUGGCAUCACUCACGCGAGUAUUGAAGAACUGAGGGAGAAACAUAUUGAUGGCGUUAGGGAAGGUCUUGCGACCUUUGCCAAACGGACAUCAAUUCGAAACUUGGGACCAGAGAGCAAGAAACUGAGUACUGACGACCUCAGUGCAAUUUACGACCGUUUCUUCGGUGUCUUGUCCGAACGUCAGGAGCGUGCCAAGAUGAGAGAAGAAGAGAGAAGAAAACAGGAGCAGCAAAGGGUCCGGCCAGGCCUGUGGAAUCAACAUUCAUAUCGGAACAUUGACGAGCCUGCCAGGAAUGCAGCACCACUGCAGACCAUGAAUUAUGAUGCCUUCAGAGAAUUUCUCGCUAAUACUGCUAAAUGGGCGGUAACGGACUCGCCCACGUCGCCUUCAAAAGAUGUCACCAGUCCUCCGAUGACACAACGAAAGCGAAGCAAGACUUUCUCACAAUGGGGUUCCAGACCGGAACCAGCAGAUCAUGACUUCAUGCAACGACUGUAUGGGAAGUGGGAUGAAUCUCACCGGGGUGAAAUGACUUUGCAGCAACUAGUCCGAGGAUUGGCCCAAUUCAAAGGCACGACAGAUAUCAUGAACUCGAUGAGUCUCUUCUUCGAUCUAUUCGACGAUGACGGUACCGGCAAGGUCGACCGAGAAGGCAUUUUGAGAAUGUCCGAAUCUCUUCUGUUCCUUUCCCGGCGCGGUUUCGAUGGAGUCAUCACCCCUUCCGAGUCUCAAAACGGGAUGACAUCUCCACUCUCAGCGGAUGUCAAAGAAGGAUUGAAAUUGAGCACGAAUGAAAAGUUUUUGGGAAGUGUGAGCGCGUUCAUCCGACGGUGUUUCGAGUACGCCGAUCCAGAUGAAACCGUUGACGACGCAAAGUUAAAGCUUGAGAACACAAACAUCCAUAGUCCCCAACAGGAAGACCUGUUAGAUCUUUCGGAGGCAAAACCGAAUACCAAAACCAUUGCGUCGCCGCAUCCCACAGAAAAGGAUCCUUUGUCGGAAGCUACACCACCGGGAUCUCCGGUUUUGCUCUCACCACUCCCGCAAGCUCGAAAGAGCCCGUCUUCCCGAACUGCGUCCCAUAAUCUCGCCUUGGAUCCAAACAAGCCAUUGCACAUCACACUCCCUACCUUCCGAAUGGUCAUUCUGGCCGAUGAACUGCUUGAACAGUUCUUUGAAACUUUCUUCCCCCAGUCAUUCCACCUCAGCGAAUCGCCAAAUGCCAGCACAGUCUCGUUGCCAUCAAGUACACUAUCCGGCAAUCUCACCACGUUCACCAAUCUCGGCACUCCAGUGAAGAACCUGAUCAAUGGCGCCUCAAACAAGACCGUCAUCGACGUCGGUCGGGCCGGUGGUGUCGUAGAACCCGGUUCACGCGGUCUGCGUGGUGUCUUGGACAAUAUUGUCAACGACGGUAUGCGCAUGGCGGCUGAGAUGCGGAAGAGAAUGGACGAGGCUCAGAGAGAAUUCGAGCGCAAUGCUCGCGAGCAGGGACAAAGGCCCUACCGAGACGAGGACGACGAGGAUGAAGAGUAUGAUGAAAAAGGCACCGAAUUGGGCAAGAGGGACCAGGAACUCCUCGAAGGCGCCGAGGUCGCGAGUAUCAAGACGUAUCGUAGCGAUGAAGGGGUAACGAGGAGUCGAGCUGAGAGUUCAGCCAGUGGGACUGGCAGUGCGAGUGGGAGCGCUACCGGUACAGGCACAUUGAGUCGCAAGAGCAGUCAUGGCGUGAGUAUCUUGGAUUUCGAUGAUACUGCCAAUAAGUAG